AUGGCAUUGGGAAGUAAAGGUGAAGAAGAUGUGAGAUGGCUUGACAGUGGUCUGCAGGAGGCUAUGGAUAAUUUAUUAGAAAGGCGUUCUGCUGGGCAAUUUGAUACAUUUUAUUUUCCAGAUGAUGAUAAUGUGUACAGUUCAGAAAUUAGAGAACUUUUAAGCAGGAGAAGAGUCUCUAAUCUUCUUCGAAGUGAUUUCCGUGAGAGCCUAGACCAAUUGAUACAAUCAUAUGUGGAAAGGCAAGUUUAUGCUUCGGUUGACUGGGAACUGGAUGGAACUUCAUCACCCUCUCCAAACUCUCCAGCAUUGGUGGUGCAAGAUGUGCAGCAGAGUGGAGAUCAGAACCAGGGUCAGUUGGAUGAUGUGGGGGGUCCACUUGUUCUUCCUUCAAUGCCCUUUCAGGACCAGGAGUUGCAAGAUGAUAACUGGCCUCGAAACAACUUGCAUCAAUGCUCGGGCAUUGUGAGUUUAUCCCAAAUCAAGUAUUGCUGUUUUUUUUUUUUCUUUUGCACAGAUUUUCUCAAUUACUUCAAUUAG